GAGAAAGGGCUGGAUGGGAAAGAUAGGCAGAGGGAGGGAUACAGGCAACUGAUAAAGAAACCCACUGAGAUCAGCAGAGGCAGUGCGAGGCAACAGACGGAGAUAAACAUUUGGAUGUAAAAGAUUCAUCAACAGACUGGGAAUAUUAAUUCAAGUACUUAACUAAAGGAUACAGAGAAGCUGGGUGAAAAGAGAGACAAUGGAUGUACAGACAGAAAACGCGGAGCCCCCACCUAAUGAGUCGCAGCCAAGUGGAAAAAUCAGAAAAGGAUUCAAGCUGUUCGGCAAAAGCAAACCAGGUAACAUAUUUUCUAUCCGAAGCAAGAGGGAUGGAAACAACAAGCCACCUGUUAUCGGCAGCAAAGCCUCAGAUGGAUCAUCAGAGAGUCCUGCUCCAAAUUCUGAGACAGACAAGGAAAAUGGACAGGAGGUGGGCCAAGGAGAAAGGGAGCAGGCAGAGGACGAAACGCUCGGUGAAGAUGGCGUUCUGGCUUCUGCUCCUGCUCGCACCUCCAUCUCUUCAGCCAGCUCAGCCAAGUCUCUCGGCUUCCUUUCCCUGCUAAGGGGGGGCCGAAGGGGAACAGGGGACCGCCGAGUCCACACCGUGUCCCAGCCGGUGGGUCGGCAACGUCGUGGGCUGAAGGGUCUUUUUGGCAACGUAAAGUUUCGAUCAAAGGACAAAGAAGACAAGGAGGAAGCUCCCCCAAGCCCACUUUUCAUGUCAUCCAGAGCUAACAGUGUGGAAAUCAUCAAAGAGGACCUCACCCUCACACCUAAAUGCCAACCUCGUUCUCUGGACAGCCCUGAAACGACGAGCUGUGACCCUGACCACAGCUCCUCAACUACCAAAAGUGCAGCCAUGUCCCCUUCAGAGUCCUCAGCUACCAAGGAAACUAUGGGAAUCAUAGGUCGAGCAAACAUGGCGCCUUCACCCACGGUUGAAACACCGCUGGUACCUGGUGACAACAGUCUGAGCUCCUUGCUGGAAGAUAUCUCUUCUCUCCUGACUUUUGACUCUAUCUCAGGGGGUGACAUCAUGGCUGACGUGGAGGCAGAGUGGGGCAAAGCUAGCAGUGCUCUUCAUGCUGCAGUAAGUGAUGUAUCUCCAUCAUCCUUCUUCUCUAAACCCACCAUCUACUCACCGCCAACCUUCUCAACCUUCAGCAGUGCUCCUACAGUGAAAGCCUCCUCCUCUACCGCCACCAAACCAGAGAGUCUCACCACAACUUUCACCAAAUCUUCUACUUUGACCUCUCACUCAGUCAAGCUGAGUUCAGACUAUUCUCCUGCCUUUUACUCCUCCUCCAGCAUCCAAACUACAACAAAACCCUCAACCACCACUUCUGUAAUGCCUUCUGGUUCAAAGACAGUUCAGCCUACGUCAAGCUUCAUCUCUACUUCCACAACUCCAGCAAACACACAGUCUGCUAUGAACAAGGCUCCUUCAAUCUGUCCAAGUCCAGCUUCUGUAAGUGACCCCAAUCCUACGUCUGUUUCACCCGCUGCAUCAGCUAAGCCUCUGGUCAUGACCCAGAGUCCCCUCUUCCCCGUCACCCAGCCUACUUCCGCUAAAUCAGACAUCAUUUCAAGCCUGGAAAAGUCAACAUUUAACACAACCUCGGUGGCAGAGUCCAGAACUCCGGAGACUGUAACAACAACAUGUGAAUGUACUACAAAGCCAAUUUCUCCUGCUUUGGUAACUUCCUUUAACACAACAACCUCAGGCUCGGUUUCCACGGCUCUUUCCAAGCCUCUGCUCACCUCAGCCCAUCUGGACUUGAAUAAAACCCCUUCCUCAUUUGUGAGCAUUUUAGAUCCUGGGCCUACUUCAAACUUUGGCGCCGCAACGAAAACCCAACCCUGCCCUGCGUCUGUUCCAGCUCCAUCUCUGGAUAAAAUCCCUCCUGCGACUAGACCCACAGCAUCCGUGGCUUCAGAAGAGAUGCCUCCUCCUUACACAGCUGCUAGCACUCAUGCUGUUUCUACAGCAACACCAGCUGCUAUGGGUCAGAUCAAAACCCCUGCGUCUGGACGUACCCCUGCUGAAAUGCAAACACCUGCACCCAACAAACUCACUGCCGCAGCUCAAAAGGAAGUUUCUCAACCUAAAGUCUCCUCUGCCCCCACUCAAGCCCCAGUUUCUGUAUUUAAAGAUCCAGAUGCAUUUGUUAAAAUGCAGGUUUGUUCAUCUCGAGCUCCACCUUCCCCUACUGAGUUCCCAAUUUCUGUAUCAAAGGCCCCUCCUGCCUCAGUUCAGAUCCCGAUUACCCAGCCUCAAACCCACCUUGCAGCUACCACUGCCCCUUGCCCUGCCACUUCUCCUCCCUCUCCUCCUGCACCAUGGCAGAGUGAAACCUCUGCUAAGUUGAGGGGAGCCGGACAGGCGUCGAAAGAUCAUCAGCUUGUCAGCCCCGGUGGUACAGGUGGACAGGGAAACCUGGCUGUGCCCCCAAAAUCAAAAGAAUUACAAACUGAGCCACAGGCCAGCCUGCCGGGGCUCUCCAAAGAAAAGAAGCCAGCACAAUCAAAAGCUUCAGGACUCAGUAAAAUACCUGUAGUGGGAGGAGGAAGAGUGGGAAAGCUGCCUGUUCGGGAAAGCCAACGCAGUAACGAUGAUUUAAGCAGAGACCCGCCUACUCCGGUGCGAGAAGAGAGGCCUGAUUUCUACUCACAUGAAGCAGGCAGCAAAGAUAAAAUCAGCCCAACUGAGACAAACGCACCCACCUCAAAACACAGCCAGGAGGAGAGUCAGCAGCUGCAGCAACUAAAAGGUCUCACGAGUUCAGGACGGGACUCAAAGAUCCCCGUGAAACACGGCACUCAGCCUCAAACCGCUUCCCAAAUCUCUCAGAGUAAAGAACCCCCUCGAACGAAGAUCCCCGUGUCUAAGGUUCCUGUUCGCAGGGCUGGGAACAAACCAGUCGCUACUGGAGGCAUCGGCCAGACAAGAAAAUAAAACACCAGACUGAAGCUGAUCGUGGCUCCGGCUGCAACUUUUAACUACACCGCCCUUUUAGAUUCCCAUUACUGUAAUUCUGUCAGCUCAUGGCUUCACGUCACAACAAGCAAGGAGUAAAGGAGCCUGACAACACUCACGCACAAAACAUCCCACAGAGAGCAGCAGGCUGGCUCUCUGGUGCUGAGCCAACCGGACACAAACUCAGGAAAGGGUCAGAGUUCACGUUUCAGAAUCUGAAGGACGAAAGCUCAAAGGAAACUCGGUCACUCACACAGUGGAAAGGUGCCCCGAUAAAGGAACCUUCCAGUGUUUUUGUCUUCUCUUCCAGCGAGUCACUUGAUAAAAACCCAGUCCUUCCUUUUAUUUAUGCCAGCAGAGGAACCAUGGGGAUGUGUAUAAAUGAACGCAACGGCCAAAUCUACAUUCCACACAUAUCGAUGGAUCCAUGUAGCAGAAGAUGUGCCAAACGUUUGGCACAAGUUAUUGGACUGUACAGCGCCUGCUCAUAUGUAACAACGUCACAUCUCACUGUGAACUUUUCAUCAGACGGCUGUGUGAAAGUGGACUGGGAAGACCUUUUCUGUUGAAAUGGACAGCAGCCAUUGUGAAUGGUGCUGCGGACGUUUGAGUGGGAGAGAGAGAGAGAGAGCAGCGAGAUGGGAUCUCCAGCUUACACAGGCACAUGUUUAAUCUCAGAUGAGAACAGGAUCUCUGUGUAGAGACGCAUCAGUGUUGUUCUGUUUCUGACGUAAUCAAUAAAACAACAUGAGUACUUA